CCCCUUGUCCUCAUACCCCUCCGACGUCUCCCUAAUAGCCCCCGAACUCGCCCAAACCCACCUUUUCAGUACCUAGAAUAACAUGGAUAAGAGCCUUGACGAGAUCAUUGCCACCCGCCGAACUCGUCGUGCGCCGCCUCGUCGUCAGUCUGUUAAGACGCAAGUUCUUGGGACCGCGAACAGCCCUGUUACUCGUUCUCGUGCCGCGCCCGCAGCCAACGGUGCCAAAGCUACUCCUACUUCCACUACUCCCCAACCCGCCGACAAAAUCAUCGUCUCCAACCUUCCUCCCGACGUGAAUGAAGUGCAGAUUAGAGAGCUCUUCCAGACUACUGUCGGUCCUCUCCGCGACGUUACCCUCCACUACGACAACAAGGGCGCUUCCAAGGGUGUCGCUGCUGUCCAGUUCUCACGCAAGGGCGAUGGCACCAAGGCCUACCAACAAUACAACAACCGCCUCAUUGAUGGGAAACGCCCCAUGAAGAUCGAGAUCGUCGUUGACCCAACUCGCGUUGCUCCGGCUGCUUCGCUCGCUGCCCGUGUUGCUCCCCCUCCUGCAGCUCCGGCUCCAGCCAUGGCUGCCAUCGAGUCCGUUCCAAGAACUGGUGGACGGCCUCGCAGGGGACGUGGUGGUGGUGGAGGCGGAAGGCGAAAGAUCGAUAGGCCGGCGAAGACCGCCGCUGACUUGGAUGCCGAGAUGGAGGAUUAUACCGCUGCUAGCGCAGCUCCUGCUGCUACCGCUUAAUAGUGUUGUUUUCGUAUGCUUCCCACCCCCGCGACUGUCUAGCGUCUCCUUUUCACCAUAGUGUGGACUUGUCUCUAUGAGUUGUGCUAUUACCUACCGCGUCGUAUUAUACUAGUCUCUCGCAAAAGCGAUCUCCUGAAUUAUCUGUUCCGUUUCUCAGC